AGCACUAUAUAACACCAAAAUUUUGAUUCAUUUCGCGAACCUUCUUCCUCUCUACUUUUUAGAACAAAAAACAAAACCAUCAUCUACUUGUGUUGAAUCAAUUUUCCACGACACAAACAAAAUCCUCCUCGAAACCUCUUUCUUCAAUUCGAUUUCUCUAAUGUCAGGUGUUUCUCUUUGCACCCUUUAUACUCCAACUCUCCUUCCUUUCUCUAACCCCCACAAAACCUCUGCUCCUAUAUUUUCCCAAUCCGCAAAACGAUGUCGUGUCAUCACCUCCGUUGCAGAGGAUCGUAAACCAAUCCCGGUGGUGUCAAAUGACAGAAAAGUCCUUCAGGAUUCUCCGCCUUCCAACGACAACACAGAGGUUGUUAACGACACUGAUAUCAUCACCGGACGUGCCAUCAAUGCUGCCAUCGUUUUGGGAUUUGGGGCUUUUGCUGUCACCAAAUUGCUCACCAUUGACCAUGAUUAUUGGCAUGGUUGGACACUUUAUGAGAUACUGAGGUAUGUGCCUGAGCACAAUUGGACUGCGUAUGAACAAUCUCUGAAAGCAAAUCCAGUUUUAGCUAAAAUGGCUAUAAGUGGAGUUGUCUACUCAAUUGGAGAUUGGAUUGCUCAGUGCUACGAAGGAAAGCCUAUUUUCGAGUUUGAUCGGGCGCGGCUAUUCAGAUCAGGUCUUGUUGGAUUUACUCUCCAUGGAUCACUUUCUCACUAUUACUACCAACUGUGUGAGACUCUUUUUCCUUUCCAAGAAUGGUGGGUUGUCCCUGCUAAAGUUGCUUUUGAUCAAACUGUGUGGUCGGCUAUUUGGAACAGCAUCUACUUUGUGGUUUUGGGCUUGUUGCGUUUCGACUCUUUGACUAACAUUUAUGGUGAACUCAAGGCAACAUUUGUGCCCAUGCUUACCGCAGGUUGGAAGCUUUGGCCUUUUGCCCAUUUGAUUACUUAUGGUGUUAUUCCUGUGGAACAAAGGCUUCUUUGGGUAGAUUGCAUCGAGCUCAUCUGGGUCACUAUACUUUCAACAUAUUCAAAUGAGAAAUCAGAGUCCCGAAAAUUUGAGGAAGUAUCUGAAACAAGCUCAUCUACUUCUAGCCAGAAUUCUAAGGAAUUAAACGAGUAAAUAUGUGGAGAAAAAACUAUAUACAGGUUCAUGACAGUUACAAGGGUCACCAACCUUGCAAAAGCAUUUGACGCAUUGGCUUAAAAUCGGAAGAAUAUCAGAUUGAAGGUCCAAAUACUGAAUAACCUUAGAAAGCAAUGGUUACAGUUAUAGAAAAUACAAUUAUACUGGUUCAGUUUGAAUACAAUUAUAACCAUCUCUUGCAUCCUUCAGCAAUGAUGAACUGUUCAGGUUUGAAUUCAUUUGAGGCAUAGAUCAUUUGUACAUGUAAGCACAUUCGCUAAAGUUGAAUUGUGUUUUACUUCUUCUUUAGAGGUAUAUUCAAUUAGCUUAUCAUCUGUAUUUGUGUAUAAAAAGCACACUAUGCUUGAAAACGUGAAAAAACUCCUGUAAUUAAUAUACAUUUAAAGAUUACUUUUACAGUUUUA